AUGGAUGGAAUAGACUGCAACACUCGAGUCUUCAGAGUGUGGAUGGGGCUGGCAAGCAGCUUGGUGAUUCCGGAGGAAAACACUGCCAGUCCACAGUGUUGUACAGACAAAGGAGUUGAAACAAAGGCUGCAAAUGCUGGAGACGAUGUGACCCUGUCCUGUUACAGUGAAAGCCGGGACUUUGGAAUAUUUUUCUGGAUCAAAGUUGUUCCUGGAAAAAUGCCUGAAUUCGUAGGAAAAGGAUUCAGUAAUGAUGACAAAGAGACCAAGAUUGGUCACUUUACAACCAAACAAGAUGAAGGAAAUUGUAUUCUUCAAAUUGCAAAAGCAAAGACAAGUGACUCUGCCUUCUAUUACUGCUUAAAAACCAUAGGCUUUGAGAGAUUCUUUAUGAAGGCAGUGUUUCUUGAAAUUAAAGGACCAGACUCUCAAGUUUCUGCAGUCGUUCAAAGCUCUGUUGAUCCGGUUUCUGUAGGAGACGUUGUGGCUCUGCAGUGUUCAGUUCUCUCUGAGUUUAAAAGUGAAGCAUGUCCAGAAGAACAGAGAGUGUUCUGGUUCAGAAAGACUGAAGAUGAUUCUCACCCCACUUUUAUGUACGCCAGAAGCAGCAGUGAUGGUGACUGUGAUGGGGGUACAGAGUCUCAGCCUCUGCAUAGUUGUGUCUACAGUUUCUUGAAGAACGUCAGCUCCUCUGAUGCUGGACUUUAUCACUGUGCUGUGGCUGCAUGUGGAAAAAUGAUUUUUGGAAAUGGAACAAAACUGGAUGUUCAAGUUGACAGCACACAAGAUUCAAUGAGCAGCAAUGAAUUUUUCUUUCUGUCUUUUGUAACUUCGGUUUUCGGUCUCAUGAUCGUAACAUUUCUGAUUUGUGUUGUGUCAAAAAAAUCCUGCGCUGUCUGCAAAGCAGCGUGUUUGGUCUGUAAAGCAACGGCUGAAUACCAGGAGAGAAAACAACAAACUACAACUCUCACCAUAGCAGUCUUUACUAAGAACAAAGCUGACAAGACAGAGAAAAGCAGCAGCAAAGGACGAGGCCGUCUACAGUAA